AUGUCGCCGGCACCACCACCCGAGGCCAUGGACCCGGCGGGGGCGGGGGCGGCGCUGCCUCCGCCUCGGAAGCGCCCCAGGAAGGGGAGCAGCAGCGCCAGCGCCAGCGCCGCGUCGCCCGAGGCCGAGGGCAGCGACAAGAAGCGCUCCCGGGGCCGGCCGAAGCUCGACCUCAAGGACGACGAGUCGGCCGCCGACCGCCGCCGGACGCAGAUCCGCCUGGCGCAGCGGGCCUACCGCAGCCGCAAGGAGAACGCCAUCUCGGCGCUCGAGCGGCGCGUGCGGGAGCUGCAGGACGCCAACGACGGCAUGAGCAGCGCCUUCCGGGAGCUGCACGACUUUGCGCUGGCGCAGGGCCUGCUCGAGGGCGCGCCCGAGUUCGGGCGGCAGCUGAGGGCUACGACGGAGAAGUUCCUGAGCCUGGCGAGGACGACGGCGAGGACGACGACGACGACGACGACGGGCAUGGAGGACGGGGAAGGGGAAGAGGAUGGGACCGCGGAGGGGAAGGAGGCUGCUGAUGCGGAAGCUGAGGCGGUCCUUGCGGCCGGCGCGGGAGGGAUCUUGGAUCGACAUCCGUCUCACUCGGGCUCAGAGGCUACGCCGCAGGGCUCGGAACGGGGCAGCUUCGGCCAGGAGGUGUCGCCUGCGUCCAAGGUGUACCUCCCGUGUGGCUACACAGUGUCAGAUGGCAGGGAUGAAGGGAUGCAACUCGCACAAAUGACUGCGGACUCACUACCUCCGCCGAUAGACGCGCCGCCGCCGGGCUACGGAGGAUCCCACCCGGCCGGCGCAUCAGGCAACCCGAACUUCCCCUUCGCGUACCCGCGCAUGCCCAGGAGCAAGACCAACGCGUCGGGCUACUUCCUCAACCCGUCGCCGCCGUCGCCGUCGCCGUACGCGUCCAUGCCCGUGCCCGCGAGCUACGCCGCCUCGGAGACGACGCUCAGCCGGCGGCUGCAGCGCACGGCCAUCGAGCGCGGCCUGCGGCUCAUCAGCAUGCCCAACCCGCCGCCGGCGCGGCUGUCGCGCGUCUUCGGCUUCUGCCUGCUCUUCGAGACGCGCGACAUGAUCAUCGAGCGCAUGUCGCGGCUCGCGCGCGGCGGCGGGCAGGACUCGCUGCACAACUGGGGGUACCCGUUCGCGUACCUCGGCGGCGCGGGCACGCGCACCUCCGAGUUCGCCGCCUCGCUGUCGCUGUCCGGCACCACCGACUACUCGUCCUCGAGCGGGUCGUCCCCGGGCCCGCCCGAGGCGGCGGCGGCGGCGGCGACGGCGGGUAUCUACCAGCAGCAGCAGCCGUACAGUAUGGACGGCACCGGCGGCGAGCGGUUCAAGAUGCUGCCGCUCGGGUGCCGCAUGUCCAUGGGCCCGCACGACGAGCGGGUCGUCGGCGCGCAGGACGCGCAGCUCACGGACGACAUGCGCAUCAUGCUGCCCGGGCUCGAGGGCGAGUUCUUCGACGCCGAGGAGACGGAGCUGUACCUGCGGCGCAAGGGGAUAUACGUGCCCGUCGGCCUGGACGAGGUCGUCGUCGAGAUCGACGAGGCCAGCUUCCGCGAGGUCCGAGACGGGACCGGGGCUGGGGGCGGAGGGUCUGCCACUGUGGGGGGAUCCCAGGUUCCCGUCGCGCAGGUUGGAGGGGGGAACGAAGCUGCGUUUCACAGCCAGGCUGGGCACGGAGUGUUUGACAAUGCCACCGCCGUAUCGAACACGCCGUUCACGGGGGCGUCUAGCGGCGCCAUGGACCCCAUGACCUCUGCCCCGGGCUUCUCGGCGAUGUUCAGCAUCCCCGUGAGCGCGCCGCCCGGCAACAUGUGGCAACGCCCGUCGGGCUUUACCGAAUUCCCUGUCACGGCACCGGGAGAGUAUACCCUGACUGACUCCAUCGGUGGUGGGCAGUCAACAUACCAGGGCCAUCCGGCGCCGCCGUCUUCGCGAAAGAUCGUGACGCUGGAUGUGCCGACGUUUAUAUCGCAACUUUCCAGCACGGCUGUGUGUCUGGGUAGGGCAUCGGGUUUCAGGAAGGAGAACAUCGAUGCCGCGGUGCUGGCGGCGAUCCGGGAAGUGUAG